CCGAUUGUUUAAACAGCGUCUCAGAUACCCUUACCUGGCCCUCGUUUGAGAAGCAGCACGCAUGCUCCCUGGAGUCAUUUUUGGUCAGUUUACAUCAGUUUGAUUACCUGUAGCCUUAGAUGUCGCAUCAUGUCACGAAGGAAGCAGGCGAAUCCCAGGUCCUUAAAAGUUCAAGAAGAUGAAGUAGUUGCUGUUCCAGUUAAUGACCACCACUUCAGACCAUAUACAGAGGAUGAACCAGAAGAAAGUGACCAGGACCAUGAUGACUUUGAUGAAUAUGGUCCCCUCGUUGUCGACACCUCGGGCCAGUUAGACAAUGAAGUGCCAGUACAGCAGAAUAAGGAUACAAGUUCCCUGUUAUUGAAUAAAGUAGAGGAUACAGUGACGGAUACAGUGACUACUGCAAAUAACAGUCUCACGGAAAUAAAUUUAAAUACCGCAUCCUUUUUAGACGGGAGUGGAUCUAAUUCAUCUUGGACACCGUCUUCCUCAGCACAGCUCAGUCCUAGUUCAAUCAGUGCAAGUAUUUCUGCGGCAAAAACCCACAGACGAGGAAAGAAGAAUCACGUUAAAGACGAUACAACUUAUGAUGAAAACCAUGAUGAAAAUGAAAACAAGAUUCUACCAUUAAAUGGAGACGGGGAAGAAGCCAUAUAUCAAUGUCCAAUCUGCCAGGAAGUAGUCUCAUCAUUACAUGAACUCACCAUACACAUUCGAACCCACAAUACCCACGCAGCAGCAUCUCAGUCUAACACUUGUACUAUCUGUGGGAAGGUUUUAAGUUCCCAGAGCUCACUAGACAGACACAUGUUGGUUCAUUCUGGAGAGAGACCUUUUAAAUGUAAAGUAUGUAAAAUGUCUUUUACAACAAAUGGAAAUAUGCACAGACAUAUGAGAAUUCACUCUAAGGAAACCGAUAUUGAAGCUCUUGGAACAAAAAUUAGAAAGAAGACUCCAACUUUUAAGCCAAAGGCAAUGUUCUUUAGUCCAAUAGAUUUUGAUGGAACCUCUUUGAACAUGUCGACUCCAAUUCCAUCCAGAGAAUUUUCUCCAAAAGGCUUGAACUUUGGAGAACCAACAACUCCAUCCAGUUACAUGUCACCUAAAGGUCUGAAAAGGACAUUCAACUUUGUAGAUUGCUCACCAAACUGGUCACUUCCAAAACGUCAAGUUUUGGAAGACAGCCGGUUUAAUGCUGCUCUCCCACCUCAGUCUAUUUCAUCAUUUAUUCCACUCGUUGUGCCACAAGAUUCACCAAAAAUACCAUCAGAACUUAGAGCAGAAGUGAAAGGGGAACCAGAGCCACCAAGGUUACCAGUAGUUGUGAGACAGCCAACAGAGGAAGAAAGGGAUCAACUACAUUGUCCAGUGUGCAAUAAAACAUUUCUGUGCAAAUAUGGUUACCAGAGUCAUUUAGAAACUCAUCCAGAACUGUCUCAAAACUGUCAACAAUGCAACCUAUCAUUCCAAUCUACUCGAGAAUUAGAUCUGCAUAAAUUAGUGGCUCAUAGUAAAUCUAAGGACGAUGACGAAAAAAGCAUAAAAUCUCCCCUCACAGAAGCCGUUGUAGGAUUUCAUGAUCUCGGUUUUAUGGAUUUCUCAGUGACAAAAUUUCCUCUUGUUGCUAAAUCUUGGUGUGAGGAAAAUGUCAGACAAUCAAGUAGCGACUAUCACAAAUAUGUAUGUAAAGAAUGCACAAAGGCUUUCCCGUGCAAGAGUGCAUUGUUGAUGCAUAUUCAUACACACAAUCCUGAAAAGACGGCUCAAUGUCCUUUGUGUGAAUGUGACUUUAUUGACAACAAAGAACUGCAUGUUCACAUGGCUAAACACAUGGCGGACAAAGCAUUCGAUGAGGUAAUGGAUAGCGAUGACAUCGAUGAAGAAGACACUGAUGGUCAUGGAACACCAGAAAUGGUUGGGAAACAUGACUUCCUAGCUAGCUUUGGAUUGAUCGCUGAGAAAAAUCCAACAGACGAAAAAAUCAAAAAGGAGAAACCUAUGUCUGAAACAAUAUUGAACAUGGAAAAGAAUGAAAACAAUGAUUACUUUGCAAAACUUGGACAGGUCUUCUCACCUUUCAUAUCGCCUAUACAUCCAAUGGGUAAGAAAAAUGGUGAGGAAAUCAAAAGCAUGGCGGAACUACAGAAGUUAAUACAGAGCUCUUCCAAUGGAAUGAUGCCUCCCUUCCCAGCCAUACCAGGUAUGGAACAUCUACAUGGUAUCAACCUAAACCAAUUCUCUGCCUUCUUACCGUCCAUGAUACCGUAUAGCCUUGCUUCACAGAUGACACCUACAUUAGCUGCCAUGAUGAGCGCUAGUCAGAUGAUGAAUGCAGCACUAAGCAGCCAAAACAUGUCUAGUCCCUUACCAACUCCGCCCCCAAGCAGUGAGAGUGGAAGUGGAUCAUCCGGUGAAAUGAACAACAAAGGUGUAUUCCCAUGCAAAUACUGUGACAUGUUGUUCCCUAAUUACAGAGCGUUAAAAGGUCAUACCCGCACACAUUUAGGUCUGUCACCUUAUAAGUGUAACCUGUGUAGUUACUCAAGUGCUGACAAGAGUACAUUAAUCAGACAUCUUAGAACUCACAAUGGAGAGCGACCAUUCCAAUGUCGUGUUUGUGACUUUGCCUUCACUACCAAGGCCAACUGUGAAAGGCAUGUCAGGAAGAAGCAUGGUAAAUUCAUGAAGGAUGAUGUUGAACAAGCGAUUGGCUACAAUAAAUAUGCUGUUGACGAUGGGAAUUCUUCCACAUCCUUCCACUCACCUGAUACAGUAUGCAAAUAUUGCAACAUCGAUUUCAAGUUCUUCCGUGCGCUGAAACAUCAUCUUAGAUCACAUAGUAGUUGCCGCCAGAAGCCAUUCAUUUGUACCCGUUGUGAUGUUGGAUUUUCGACUAAGGCUAACUGUAUUCGUCAUCUUCAGAAACAACAUAUAGAAAUCUCUAACAACCAGAUAGAACAGUAUAUCACUGUAAAGGAGCCGUUCAAUAUUGACGAUAGUGACAAGUCAUUUGGAGAUUCUGAUGAUGGUAUGCCACCAGAUAUAAAUGAAAGAUCUACUCCUUCUUCUAUCAUCAGUGGUAAAUCACAUGUGCCACCUGCUGCUCAUACAACCCCAGUAUUGUCUGUUGGCACUCCAGCUAGCAGCCGUCCAGACACACCCGUCCAUAUUAAAUCUGAACCAGUUGAUGAAGAUGACAUUAUGCCGUUAGAUUUCAGUGUUAGGUCUGGCAGUAAUACUCCUGUAGGGACACCUAAGAAAGACCAACCUACAGGUAGAGGGACUGAUCAACCUAUGGACUUGUCAGUUAAGAAAUCACCAUCGCCAUCACCAGCACCUAUACUAAAGGCAAAUCUGUUACAACAGACCAGAGUAAUGUAUGAAAAUAGUGUUCACCAGUGCCAAUUUUGUCCAAUGGGAUUUUCAAAUCCCCGCGCUUUAGAGCGCCAUCUUUGGCAAAACCAUCCACAGCUAACAUCAUUGUUAGAUCCUUCGUACCUCAAAUCACUUUCUGGAAUAAACCCAACAGUAACAGAAAAGUUAAAACAAACUGUUAAUUUACGUCUCCCAGUACAACCACCAUCAGAGAAUUUAGAAGAUAAUGAAACCUCAUCCAGGUCAUCCAAAUUAAUGGAUAAGAUAAAUAAUCUGCAGGCCAUGAGGAUGGAGAAACAGAUAAAAACAGAACCAAGAUCUAGUAUAUCAGGUGACAGUAGUGACUUAGCAUCAGUGAAUAGAAUUUUAGAAUCAGCAAACUCCCACCAUUUCCAGUCAUUUUUGUUACGUGAAAGUGGCAGUAUUACUAAUGAAUUAAUGAGAAGCCGUUUGAACCUGUUGAGAAGUGUCAAUCCAGAUAGGAGCCGAGAGGAAAGAACGUCAGAAUCUAGACCUGACAGUAAUGAAUCACCCGCUAGAUCAAGACCAGAGGACCCAUCUGAUAGCAGAGACAGUCAGGAAAUGCCUUUGAUGAUGGAUAUUGGUGAUCUCCCAAAACAGCUUGAACACUUUGCCAGAUUAGAGAAACAAAGAGCCUUACAACAUCAGUUCAAUAUUCCUACUACUGUUGAUAAGAAAAUGGAUGAUAAACAGACAAGUGCAAUCAAAAAGAAAAGGAAUUCUUAUGCCGAUUCUCCACAUAAACUGCAGUGCCCAUAUUGUACAAGAACAUUCCCAUGGGUUAGCUCCCUUACAAGACAUCUCCUUACACAUACUGGUCAGAAACCAUUUAAAUGUCCAAGAUGUCCAGUUACAUUCUCGACCAAGUCUAACCGAGAGAGACAUCUGAUAAGAAAACAUGGUGUAAAUAUGUUGGACCCUCUGUCUCGUCAAACUAUGGACCGUCCAUACAAAUGUCAUUUAUGUGUAUUCAGCUCAUUCUCUACACAAGGCAAUCUAUUGAAGCAUUAUAAGGAAAGACAUCCAAACAGUUCACUACCUGAAGGCCUAGCUGAAUUAGACCGAGUUGUGACGAUCGGUAUGAGUAAAACAAUACCUCCAGAAGAGAGGGGACUAGGACCCAAUGGUAGUUUCUACGACAGUAAUGAUAGUAGCUACUUAGCCGAGGAACAGAUGAAUAAGUCUUUGGAUAGAGAGGUACUCGAGGACAGACUGAUGUCCAGUGGUAGAUCUGAACCGGAUGAAGAUGACCUAGAGAUUGACGAGACUCCUGAAGUUCAACGUACAGAAGAUGUCCGACCAUUCAGUGGUACUGGCGAGAAACAACUCAACCCAGAACGUGACAACUACAAUGUUGACAAGAUCACAGAAUGCUGGAAAUGUUGUGAGAAAUUUGUCUCCCGUAAAUUAUUAGUUCGUCACUUGAAGGAACACAAUAUUGAUCUUCCGUUCAAAUGCUACUUAUGUGAUGCCUCAUACUUCAGUAGGAAGGAAUGUCUGUUUCAUCAGGAGAGAAAUCACAAUUCUGAUUGGUUGAUCUUGAAGGACAAAAAUAAAGUAGAUGAAAUUGGGGAUUUUUCAAAACACAUGGAUAAAGUUGUGGAAAAUAAUCUCAACAAAGUGGAUCAGGACGUUGUAUUGGAGAUUCCAGGACAGAAUGCUGAUGAUCCAAAGAUGGAGGUCGUGUCUGCUGAUUAUAUGCAGCGUAAAGUGUACUGUUCUCUUUGUCCUAAGAGAUUCUGGUCUCUACAAGACCUGAGGAGACACAUGAGAUCUCAUACAGGAGAAAGACCGUUUGAAUGUGACAUCUGUCAGAAAAGAUUUACAUUGAAACACAGCAUGAUGAGACAUCGUAAGAAACAUGCCGAUUCUGGAUCUCUCAGUCCAAGCGAUGACGAAGCUGAAAACAACAACGAAGAACAGUCGGCACAUAAGGCAGCCCAUCGCCCAAUACUACCUCGCCUACCUAUGGCUAUUCCUGCCAUGAGCAUGCCUGUAAUGCCUUCCAUAUCUCUUGGAACCAGUUUAAAUGGAGGUGAAAGUGUUGGGGAAUCUCGUGGACAUUAUACCCUACCACAAGUCAUCACCUCCAAAUCAACGACACCAUCUGCUACGAUCUCAACCCCGUCUCUAGGAAAAGAUUCCACAGCCGACAUGUUACAUAACCUACUCGGUGUCGAUGUAUCAUCUAUUGACAAGAUGUUAGACUCCGUAGAUUCUGCUACACAGUUACUUGGCAUGUAGAUCGGCUGAAUAUUCCAUCACUCACUUAACAUAAUGUUACCUGAUUCAGUUUCUUAAGAUACAAGAUUUGAUAUGAGUAGUAGCUAAACUGUCUCUUUUGUGUUUCUAUCCUGAGAACUUGAUUUGAGUAGCAGCUUCACUGUCUUUUUUGUCUUUCUCUCAUUUUUCAAGUGCGAUAGAGUGCCUCAUAUUGACAAUUCAAAUUAGAUUUGUUUACGGAAUGAAUUCUUGACUGUUAACCUUGUUUAGUAGCUGUACAUUGCACAACAUCAUAUCUGUAGGAUCAAGAGUGACCUUUGAACUUUUAUUUUUAACUUUAUAUAUUUAUUCUGUGGAUUUAUGGUUAUGAACUAGAAAUUAUAAUGAGUUAUAAAUGCUGUAGAAAUAUGAUAUGAUAGACCGUUGGAUGACUUGUCCAAGUAAUAUUUAGCGGUAGUUAACAUCAAAACUAUUUUGUAUCAUUAGAAAAUACUUGUAGAUGCUUAAUUUUAGAGUAUGACCAUAUUUGAUUAUCUCUAUGUGGUCCUGUCUUGGCUUUCCUCAAUCACAUGAUGACUGUUUGUGUUCAAGAUAUUUUUCUUAAAGUUUAUUUAUACCAUGACUAUGUAUAUAUAUAUAUACAUAUAUAUUUUUGCUCAUGUUUUUACUAGAAAUGAGUUUAAAUUUCCUUUAAAGUGAUUGAAAAUGGAAUGGACUUAUAGCUGGAUUUAGUUACAGUGCUUUGAAAGGAAAUUAUUGUCUUUUUUAUUUAGAAGAAACCUGUGAUAAUCAUGUAUAUAGAAUUUUAUUGUUUUUAUGUUUAAUCAGGGAGGACACAUCUGUAUAAAUCAUAUAUUUUGAUUAUCAACUGAUUAUUAAUGAUUUUCUUUGACAUUCAAAAAAAGUAAAAAAAUAAAUGUAUUUGAUUUUGAAAAUCACCAUGAAUACAUGUAUUGUGGUAUGUUUCUCUACGAAAAAUUUCAUGCAAUUUUGAAUGAAAGGAAAAAAAUCAUUAGUAAUGUACAAUUGUAUAUUUUUAGAAUAUCUAUCUAGUAUUUUGUAAAUAAAUUGAUUUCUCUAUUUAUUUUGACCAGAUUAUGUUAUAGCGAGUAUUCAAAGGGCAGAUUAUUCAAAUGACUAGUCAUAUCAUUACAAAUUUUUUACAUAUCUGAAAAAAAAAGAAAAGAUUUGAGACAUUUAUCUUCAAGCUAAAUAUUAAAUUAUAAUGACUCUUUGAGACAUAUGGAAAAGAUUGAAGGCAGCAUUGUUUUGAAAAAAUGAUUGACAUUUUCAGAAUAUGUUAAAUUGAAAAUAUUUGCUUACUUUAUUAGUCAGAUUCUGCAUAUAUAAUUGUAAAACUGUUUUGAGUAAGAGUUAUUGCUCUUUGAAUAGAAGUUUAUAGUAGAUGCUUUAUAGUGUUUGCUUUGUGGCAAUCUUUAAGUAAAUGAUACUAGUCUUUAUGUUCAAGUCGUUAAGUAAUAGAAAUAGCAACAUACCACCUACAGGUGAUUGAUAAAACAAAACAAUAUGGAAAUAAAAAACAUUGGAUAUUUAUUAAAAUCAUAUUAACAAUAUCUCGAUUUCUUAAAUGAAAAAAUGGAGAACUGUUGUCAGUAGCUAUGUUGCUGAUGUCGGUAUGUUUCUGUUUUUAUUAAUAAAGGCUUGAAUAUUUUAAUUGUGAAAUAUCAGUUAUUGUUGUAUUACUAAUUUAUUUAUUUUUACUUAUCAAUUUGUACAUACUAUCAAUUUUCUUUUUCUCUUUUUUGAGAAAAAGAUAAGAAUUUGUGAAAUAUUAUAUUUGUUUUUAUAUUGUAUACAUUUUUUGAGUUUUAAAUGAAUUGCUGGCUUCCAACUCAAUAUUUAACUAGAUUGGUAUAGUUUUUGAUUCAAUUUACAUUUAGAAUUUUGAUAAUGUAGUUAAAACUAUUGCAUUCCUUGUUUGAUAGAAUUUUUGAAAAAUUUAUUUCACACAUUCCAUUAUUUAAAUUUAUAUAAAACUAUAUGUUUUAUUAGUUUUAACUUAAUAGCAAGUAAGUUUAAGUGGAAAAAAUCAAGCAAUUAAAUGUUCAGUUGUUUUUUUUGGGGUUUGUGGAUAUUGGCUAUGGAAAAUUGUCACACAUGUGUUCUGACAGCACUUUUUGAUAGGGGAUGGACCAUUAACCUAAAUGUUGUUUGAAGGAUUUUGAGAAAUAACAUCAAGAAACAAAUCAAAAUGUCUUGUCGAUAUCAGUAUUCAAUUUGUAAUUUAUAUGUAUGUAAAGGAACCAAUCUGGAAUUGGCAUUCUGUGGUUUGAAUAUUGACAAUUAUUUUUACCUUAGGCUGUUUCAUUUGGUACAUGUGGACCCAAAGUUUAUAAUAAUGGACUUCACAGUUUUGUGAACAACCAAUUUAGGCUAUUUAGAAGCAAAAAUGAAAGGCUUGCAGCAGCAUAAAAGUUUGAAAAUAAUCUUCAAUGAUUUCUGUGAAUUUUUGGUAUAUUAUGCUUGAAAAACUAAAUAGUCGUAAAAAUGUUAUGUUUUGUAGGAUUUUUUGUCUCGCCUUUAAGAAUUUAGUCUGUAAAAAAUUCUGUUUGUAUUGAUACGUUUACCCUCAAUAGCUUUUCAACGGAUACUUCCCCUUUUCUUUUACAAGACUUUAAUGAAACAGCUUUCAGCAAUUUUUUUUUUAUAUGUAUACAUAUAUUUUGAAAUUUACAUGAUCACAAAUAGAAGUCUCAGUUUUCAAGUGCUUAGUAAAAGUGAACUUACAAUUCUAUAUACCUGAUGACAUUCCUAUAUGGAAACAUUCUGUUGUUUUUAAUAGUUGUAGAUUUUUGUUUUUUAAAUGUUUGUGUGUUCUAUCAUUUACCAGUAUUUUGUUCUGUCUAAUGGUGUUGUAAUAAACAUCUCAAAUAAAUCAA